CGGACCAAGCACAGGGAAAAGAAACAAAUUUCACCUUCAAUUCCCAAAUUCAAACAUUUCUCAAUUCUCAAUUUUCACAUAGUAGAAGAAGAAAAUGGGGAACCCAAAGAAACAAUCAAGUGAUAGGAACGAGGAAUUACAUACGGCGGCUCGAUCUGGGGACCUAACCGCUGUUCAAACAAUAUGCAGUACCAAUCCUUUAGCCGUCAACUCCAGGGAUAAACACUCUCGCACCCCGCUCCAUCUAGCAGCAUGGUCUGGGCAUGCCCAGAUAGUGGAUUAUCUCUGCAAGAACAAAGCCGACGUGGGUGCUGCUGCUAUGGAUGACAUGGGUGCAAUUCACUUUGCCGCUCAAAAGGGUCACUUGGAGGUUGUUAGGCUUCUGGUUAGUUCUGGAGUUUCCAUCAAAUCAUGCAAUCGCAAGGGUAUGACUCCCCUUCAUUAUGCUGCCCAAGGAUCUCACCUGGAACUCGUCAAGUAUUUGCUGAAGAAAGGCGCAAAUGUUAAUACCAAAAACAAGGCAGGGAAAACCCCUAUUGAUCUUGCAAGCAAUGAAGAAGUCUCCUCCACUUUACGUCAACCUGUAACUGCACCGUCCAAAGAAGCUGGAAAUGGUGAAGAAAACAGGGUUGAAUCCGAAUCAAAGCCAUCAUCCACGCAGGAGGAGAUAGAGAGCUCUGAUGGCAAAGGUGUUGCAACUGAGGAAGGAGAAAUAGAGGCUGAGAAAGAUGAAUCCCUCAAGAGAAAGGGUGACGAAGAUGAAACCAACGAGAAAUCAAAAGAAACGAAGAAGGCCAAAGUCUCUUUAAAUCAUCUUCUUGCCACAGAUGACAACGAGGAAGAUGAAGAAUAGCUUUCUCUAGCUACAAGUGUUACUAACAUGUAAACUAGCUAUUCUGCUAGUAGGGUAGUUUACUAAGAGCACUUAUAAAUAUGUACACUUUUCCUUCCUUUAAAAGAAGCAGAACAUUUUAUUAUCGUGUAACUUGAGUUAGUAAAUGGAACUUUCCCGACUUUAUGAUCG